CACACACUCAAAGUGUUGUUAACUUGCAGAUCCAUCAUCAUCAUCUCCCUUGUGAUCGUUACCCCUUUUUCGAUCUUGAAAAUACCUCGUAAGCUUUCGACUCCAUCUGUUACAUCCAGAUUGCUAGCUUCUGACAGUCUUAGCGGACGGACUCAGAGUAGAAGAGAAUUGGACUGGUGAUCGCCAAGAGGGAGGAUCGUUGUCAAUCAAAACUCCUGAUCAACCGGCGUUCCACAUCUUCUGGUGAUCGUUGAGCUGGACGCUGGCCGCCAGAUGGAGCUCUGCCAGCAAGGAGCUCUUGGUUGCUGAAAAAUACCUGGUUUCUCGACCCAAUCACUUUCUUUUUUCAUUUCACUAGCUCUCUAUUCAUACAUAGAGCGCAUACAUCCACCCAAAAUUUCACCAUCAUCAUGACAAGCUCUUUAACUGACGGACAACGAGAUGAACUUCAUAAAUCCAUGUUGGAAUAUUUCCAAAGGAGUGGUUAUUCGGAUUGCUUUGAAGCAUUACAAAAGGAAUCCGGUCAAGAAGGUUUUGUUGUUGAUCCAAAAGCACGAUAUGUUGGUUUACUAGAGAAAAAAUGGACGGGUGUUGUCAGAUUGCAAAAAAGGGUGAUGGAAUUGGAACAGAGAAAUCAACAAUUACAAGAAGAACUUGCUUCUGCUCCAACGUCGAGAAGGGCAGCCACUUUGACUGAUUGGGUUCCGAGAAAUCCACCUAGACAUACCCUUUCGGGACAUCGAUCACAGGUUUCCCGUGCUACCUUUCAUCCGGUCUUUAGCCAAGUCGUCAGCGCAAGUGAUGAUGCGAUGAUCAAAGUAUGGGAUUGGGAAACUGGAGAUUUUGAAAAGACGCUCAAAGGACAUACCAAAGCAGUUCAUGAUGUAGACUUUGACUCAAAGGGCAACCUCCUCGCUUCUUGUUCAAGUGAUAUGACGAUCAAGGUUUGGGAUACCAACGACGAUUACAAGAAUACAAAGACGUUAUUUGGACAUGAUCAUUCCGUUUCAGCUGUCAAGUUUAUGCCGGGCGACGACUUUCUCGUUUCUGCUGGCCGUGAUCGAACGAUAAGGAUCUGGGAUCUGAAGACUGGAUUUUGUGCGCGUACAUUGAUCGGGCAUUCGGAUUGGGUCAGAUGGAUAACGCCUUCGGAAGAUGGUAGAUUGUUGGCAUCUUGCAGUACCGACCAAACCGCUCGCAUUUGGGAUUUCGCUUCGGGUGAAACCAAAGUCGAACUGAGAGGUCACGAUCACGUUGUUGAAACGAUCGCAUUCGCACCUAUUACCGCAUAUGCAGCUUUGAGAGAUCUGGGCGGCAUCACUGGUAUAAAUUCGACCACACCGGGUCAAUUCGUCGCGACCGGUGGACGUGAUAAGCUGAUCAAGAUUUGGGAUGCGGUCAGCGGACAAUGCCUCAAGACGCUAUCCGGACAUGAUAAUUGGGUUCGAGGACUAUGUUGGGCACCAAAUGGAGCAUUCUUGCUUUCAUGCUCAGAUGAUAAGACUGUCAAAGUAUGGGAUCUGAAAGCAGGUGCAAGAUGUAGCAAAACGAUCGAAGCACAUGAUCAUUUCGUUACCGGAAUCUCUUGGGCUCGUGCAAAGACUGAAGUUGGACCUAGACCUGAUGGCGUGGUGGAAAAUGGAACGUCUGGAAGUGCGAAUAAAACGGAAGUUAAAACGGUCAAUGCGGUAGUCACAACAAGUGUCGAUCUCACAGUAAAGAUUUGGACACCUUAGAUUUUCAACAAAAUAAUAAGUACAUUUUUACGCUCCUUCUUAAUCGUUUCAAGCUACAUUCUUUCUUUCUUUUUUCUCUUUUCCUUUUCGUUAGGCUUUGAUUGCCAGCAUGAUACCAAACAAGACAAAUAUUCCCCCACCCUCCCCUCUAUCGGCAGCGAGCCGCCUUCAAUAAAUGAGGGAUGUACAAAUACACUCUGAACAGUCACGGUACUUUAAACCAGUAAAAUCAUUCAUUUUAGACAC